AUGGACUUUGCCGUGCCAGAGGGCGCAAUGGACCUGUCUGCGCCCGACGACGCCGACCGCCGCGGCGUGCUCGACGAUGCCAUUUUCCCAGCCUUUGGCAACCCUGUCGACUCGCCAGGCGGGGAGUCGCCAGAGGAAAUGCAGAAGAACGACCCGCUGGGCACGCAGAUAUGGAAGCUCUACUCACGAGCCAAAACCCAGCUGCCCAAUGCAGAGCGCAUGGAGAACCUGACCUGGCGAAUGAUGGCCAUGAACAUGCGGCGGGCCGGGCUCGAUCGCAAUAAAGGACAUAUCCAGAGCAGACCCAGCAGCCAGAGCAGUGAUCUGAUGCCACCACCACCGCCUGCUGCCGCUGCUGCUGCACAGAGCACACGUCCGCCUCCCCGCUCUGCCCCGAGUGGAAUCGCGCAGCAGUUGAGAAAGUCGGCCGACCAGCAGGCGCAGGUACAGCAACCACCCCCAGACACGAUGAAUCUAGACGAUUUUAUAUUUCCCUCGUCCGUCGGCAGUCCUGCAGGCCUGUCGCCAGAAGCGUCGAAUGAGGGAUCAGCUCCAUUUCAUGCAACCGCCCCAGCGAUACCGAUAAGAAAGCUUAAUCAGGCCAACGACCAUCACCUCUCCCUCGCCCGCGCCUCUGCCCCCUCAGUCCCUCCUGCAAUCAAUAGAGAGAAUGAAUUUGGCUACGUGCCUCGGCAUGUCCGCAAGACCAGCAUUGACGAGCGACGACCCCCCAAACGGCGAGCAGAAGCCUCGCCUCUGGUCCCUCCCGUUCACAGCGGCAUGAUCCCCACAGACGCCCAAGCAGAGGCCGACCUGAGCCAGUACUCGCUCGACCACGGCAUGCGACCCCCGACCUUCCCGGCCUCGCAGGCCCAGGUCCCCUACUCCAUCGACACCUUCCAGAUGCCCGACGACUCCAUCAUCAGCUCGGCCGGCCCUUUCCAGCAAAACUUUGGCUUCUCUCCUGUCGGCUCGCCCAUGAUGAACCACAACGCCUUCAGCAACAACCUGUUCAACCCAAACUCCAUGGCCUCCUCCCUCAACUCCACCGACUACUACUCUCCUCCCAGCUCCGCCUUCCCCUCCACGGCCUCGACGCCCCAACCCAUGGCCGAGGACAAUCAGAUGUAUUUUGAUCGAAGCGGCAUGGACAUCCGUAGCACGCAUAGUAGCGGCUUGUACGGACCGCACCGACCCUCCAACUUGUCCACCUCGAUGCAAACCCAAUUCAUCUUCAAUCCCGGUGUAGGCGACUCAGAGUCUGUUUUCAGUCCCGUCACGAGCGCCAGUUCCUCACUGCCCUUUUCGGCAUCUUCGUUUGGGCAUUCAAGUCACCACGUUGAUCCGUCUCAUGUACUACACAACAACCUUCCCCUCCGACAGCAACACGAAAUGCAAAUGACACGCCAAGAGAACAUGUUCACUUUUGGUGCUGAUUCGGACGCCGAGGACGACGAAGGCAGCGCCUUUGCAGACCGUACUAUGCCUGCCCAAGAAUUCUCACCCAUGGAAGACGGGCCUUUGGAUUUCACCUCUGGCUUCCAAUGGGAGACCAACCUCUCGAACCAAUUCAACCCAAUGCAAGCCCGCUACCCCGCUGGGCCGCCUCGAAAAACCGUCACUAUUGGCCCAACUGAAAUCGUGCACUCACCGCAAGAUCACUGGAGUCCAGGGGGUAGUCUUGGCCGGACGCAUGGCUCAGCCGCCUCUGUUAGCGACAUUCGCAAUCGUGGAAACGACCCCCGACGCCAAAAGAUACCCCGCACCAGCUCCACGCCGAACGCAGCCGGCUUGGUGCUUCAGGGCAUGCACGGUCUCUCGCAGUCCUCACCAAACUCACCUCCAGAGUCGGGCUUCAGUUCUGCAGCACCUUCGCGACCUGAAAGUCCUAAUGGAACAAAGCCAGGCGAAGGCAGUGCUCCCACCACCUGCACCAACUGCUUUACUCAGACGACGCCCUUGUGGCGCCGUAAUCCAGAAGGCCACCCACUCUGCAACGCAUGCGGUCUCUUCUUGAAGCUGCAUGGCGUCGUCCGGCCGUUGUCACUUAAGACUGAUGUCAUUAAGAAACGCAACCGAGGCAGCGGCAACGCACCCGUUGGCUCAGCAGCAACACGGUCAUCGAAAAAGACAUCCCGCAAAAACUCCAUCGCACAUACCCCAGUUACGACGCCGACUUCGAACAAGGCAGCAGACUCCGAGUCUCCCAAAUCUACAGGGUCCAGCGGCGGCGGAAUCUCUGGUGCCAGUUUGCUAUCAGCUGCUACACCGACCUCCAAGGCUAACGGCGUGAUUCCUAUCGCCCCUGGCCCACCCAAAACUACCAGCUCAUCAGUAACCCCCACGCAGUCUCGAGGAGUCAACGUGACACCUCGACGAGCGCGGGGUCAGAGUAGGAGUGAACCGCAGGAGCUAGAAAUGGCCGAUGCAGAUGACACGAAUGGAAAGGCACCUUCGCGAAGGAGAGACGCCCCCAUUGCAAGUCCGAGUGCAUUCCCAAGCCAGAACCUGGGCGCUCUUCCCAUGGGUGCCAUGGGCCAGGGUUUGCAGUCAUCAGGCCCUGCUGAAUGGGUAAGGACACCCACAUUGUAA